UCUCUAAUAUUCCUACUCAUUCCUUGGAGCAACAGUAGCCAGACCCAGAGUAAUUGCAACAAGCAUCACAAAUGUUCUUCUUUGCAUAGGUGCAAAAAAGGGAAGUGCUGCUCCUGAGCAAGAAUCCAGACACAUAAAAGAGGUCUCCGCACUGGAAUUUGAGUGCAUUGUAACAGAAGAUUCCGAAGAAAAUAAUGUUGAUUCAUAGGAGGAGAACACAGGCAUUCAUAUUAUUAUUCAGGAGGAGGGGAGAUCCUGGCACAUUAAACAGGACAAAGAAAGGACAACUUCCAUCACCAGUAUACCAAGUACAGCUAGGACAAGCCAUUGGUUACAGGAUAAGGAAACUAUGUUGUAUUCCGAUUCUGGAGAGUCUGAGUCCUUCUCUGGCAGUAAUGAGGACUGUGCUCAUGAGGAUGGACUGGAAAGCUUCUCUACAGAGGCCUUUACAGACAGCGGCAUGGAAGAUGAGAAGCUCUGUGGAACAGAGAAGAGCGGGCAACCUGUAAAGAAAUUGUCCUGGAAAAAGGAAUUGCCUGGACAAACACGACUGCUAUCAGCUUUUCAUUUUAAUAAGACUCCUGGCAUGACCUGCGAAGUUGCAGACAAAAACUCAGCACUUUCCUAUUUCUCUCUGUUCUUCAUAGAUGACCUAAUGGCCAUGAUUUUAAAACAGACCAACAAGUGUGCAGCAGAAAACCCACCAGCAGUGUCAACAGCAGAGUUCCAGGACAUUGAAAUGAACAAGCUCUGGUGUUUUUUUGGCCUGUUCAUUGUUAAAGGCAUCAUUCCAAAACCAUCUAUUUGUGAUUAUUGGACUAUAGAAUUUUUAACGCAGACACCUGCUUUCCACUAUAUUAUGCUUCGUAAGAGUUUCACAGACAUUGCUAAAAACGCACACGUUGUUGACAACUACGACCCAGCUCCCUGGGAGUCUGGUAAACUUUGGAAGGUCUGUGGCACAAAAAGUUACACUGUGUGUGAAUCUGGCACUGGAAAGAGUGGCUACAUAUGGAAUUAUAAGGUGUAUUCAGGAAAGGGCACUGCUGGUGGUGCGUUGAAGUCCCAAAAGACUGUUACAAACCUCCUGCAUGGUUUGGAAAAUAGGGGGUACAUCCUUUAGAUGGAUCAUCCACUUUGCUCUCCAGACUUGUUUGUUGAGCUUCAAAGGAUGGGAAUAGAUGUGUGUGACUCUGUACUUCCAAACAAAAAGAACAUGCCCCUGGAUUGCAAACAUCAGAAACUACACAAAGGACAGGGUGAAUCGUGGAUGAGCGAUGCAGAGUCCAAAGUUCAUGUUGUACACUGGCAAGGUAAAAAGGAGAUCUUCAUGCUUACAACCAUCCAUGACCUUUCAGUACAGCAAACACAAAGGACCAACUGGAGAACGGGUGAAAGGCUGCGGAAGCCAAUGUGUGUGCCUUACUUUACCCCACUGUAUUAACUACAAAACAGACAGUGCCAAGUAGCAGCUCAAGUUAAACGUUGCUUUGUUUAUUCCACAAAGAAAGAAUAUAUAAUGUUGACACUGUAUUUAAUUUAUUUUUUUACUUUUUUUAAAUUGUUUUUUCUAGCUUGCUUUAAUUUCUCCACAGUAAACCGUGGCCAUAGAUACAUUUUCAUAAAGAAACAACAUGAGGUUUACUUGUGCCUUUUUAUAGCUGAACAAACAAACGAAAACAAAUUUAACUUGAAUCAUUUCAGAUAAAACAAACGUUGUAAAAAUGAAGGGUUCUCGUUUACUACAUUUCACAUAACAAAGACGAAACAAAAAAUAUAUAAUAUACACAAUCCUAUAUAUAAAAAUCACUAAACAACAUUUUCAGCAAGUUGGGCACAGUUUAAGCGAGCCAUUUCAGAAUGACGUGGUUGCCUUUUGUAUGUCCCAUGAGAUUCUGACUCAUCGUAAAGCAGCAGGCUUUUUUUUUUUUUUGGACCCAGGUGGCUUUCUAUAGAGAUCGCUAUGCAUGCGCGUGCGUAAUCUGGUUUGUUUACAUUUUGCUGUCUAAAACUUUUUAGUAGAGGCUCAAGAGCUGCAAUGUGUUUUC